UCGAGGCACAACCUCUUAUCCAUGUACAUGACACCGAGUCGCAGGGUGAGAUUCUGUCCAUAGAGGCACAACCUGCAGUGGUUAAGAGUCGGAAGAGGAAGAGAAAGCCUCCUGUAUGGUUCGGUGACUAUACGGAGAUGAAGAGGAGACAUAGGCCAUCUUCGACUUUUGAUCCCUGGAGCCACCGGAUGAGAAAUUGUUAACCACUUUCCGAAAGUGGUGUGUUGGACUCAUUCCGAACCACCGACUUCGGGAUUUGAGAAGUGGUGAUUACGGUCCAGGAUUCUUUUGGAUAAUGCUCACACCAAAGGAAUGGCUUACAGAUGACCAUAUAGAUGCAGCAAUGCAUAUGCUGAGGAGGCGACGCACCGACUAUCCACUGACAUUUCCUCAGAAGGGUAUCAUUCUCUCCACAUUCGUGACCGCCAUGAUCAGCAGUGCAUGGACGAGCCACAAGGGUCCGAGGAAAAACUUUAAAUGGGAGGAAUAUAUCCUGGACUACUGCACAGGGUUUCAUAAGUCCCAAGUCUUUGAGAGAUGGAGGGGUAACGAGUUUAUUUACUUCGUUCUGCACCUUCCCACGGCAAGACACUGGGUCACAGUUGAAGUCGACAUAGAGCUGUGGAAAAUUAAUGUCUACGACUGUGAUUCCAGCGUCUGUCAUUGGACCGCCAUGGAACCCAUCUUGAAGGUUUGGUCAGAACUGCUGCCCUCGCUAAUCCUUGCAACCGGGGAAUUUCCACAUAACAACCAGAUCAUGGCGUUAGCUAACGGUGACAUCACGGUGCUUCCAAAAAUGCACGCGACUCGAGCCACUCACGACUUAGUUCCGAAGUCAGCAACCAGUGGUGAUUGUGGCGUGUAUUGCAUUGACUAUGUGGAGCAUCUCAUGAUGCAGCGUGGAUUGACCGAUGUGACGCCAGACCGGAUAGCCAUGUUUCGUCAACGGUGGUGUGUCGAUUUAUUUUACCAAAAUGUCGGCUGAUUAUAUGUGUAAUUAUUGGGACAUUGUAUAUUUUGUGUAAUUAACAUUACAGUUAUGUAUAUAUAGAUUUUCUUUUCGUUCAAA